GGGAAGGAGGCGGCUACCAGGGCGGGGGGGUAGCCGAUUCCCGGAGAGGGUUUUCUGUUCUCUUAGUACGCGUUACCGACCAGGUGAGGGUGGCGAUCGAAAACAAAGACAGAAGCAUCAUAAAGCAUGAUGCCCGCUGCCUCAGGGGAGCUUCCGUCGGACCUGUGAGUGUCGGCCGGUUUCCUACCGCCGGCUCUUCGUGGGAUUCUGCAGUCUGACUCCGUCCUGACCUGCGACAUCGACAGGCGAUGACAGCGGCUACAGCCACUCCGCAGGUGAUGAGAGACCGGCUGCUACAGGCCAUCGACGGCCAGAGCAAUCAGAUAUGCAACAUGGUGGUAGUUGUGGAGGUGAUCUCCUUUUUGGAAAAAUAUCCUAUCACCAAAGAGGCACUAGAGGAAACCCGCCUGGGAAAGCUCAUCAACGAUGUCCGGAAGAAAACCAAAAAUGAGGACCUCGCAAAGAGAGCCAAGAAGCUUCUGCGAAACUGGCAGAAGCUGAUCGAACCAGGGAAGGUUGAGGUGUUGUCAAAAGGCAGCACCGGUGCCUCAUGGUCUUCCAUUGGUGGUGCUCAUCCUUGCAUCUCCACUCCAGCUGCCACCUCACAGUCAGGUAAAUUGGGCCCAGAGUUGAAGAACAGAAACGACUUCAACAACUGCUCCCCGAGAGUGGAAAAACCAAGCAACAGGAAACGUAAGGGUGACCAGAAGGAGGGGCAGAUUUUACCAGCAAAGAUACCCAAAACGACUCUUAAUGAUAAAAUUCAAAACUCAAAGCAGCUGCAAACCAAUGGAAUUGGUGUUGGCGCUGAAAUUUUUGCAGAUAUUCGUGCACAUCAGUCGUUGGACAAGGAAAUUUCAGAGCCUUUGGACAGCGAUAAGCUUAAUAAAAUCCCUGUUAAUGCUGUAAAGCCUCAUUCAAAUUUCCCAGGAUGCAGCAAGUCUCCUAGCACUUCCUCUUUGCUAAAAGCAUCAGUUCUGCAGCAGCAAGCCAGACAGGAGCAAGCUGUCUCUGGUGGGAAAUGUCGACCCAGAAGCCCACGCUUUUCCUUGCACAGUCCUCAGACUCUAAAACAGGAAGCUGUUGUGAAACAAACUGCACCCCAAGCACAGAAUAUUUCUACCCCCAGUGUGAGACCUGGGACUGCGGACAACUCUGGGCUGGGGCUGCCGUCUCAGCCUUUCAGCCCAUCUGUUCUGGGUUUUCACACCGAUGGUUCAGGGUCUGCUGAUUUGGACACUCACCGCCUGCCUCCUAGUAUAUCUCGCCAUAGCUCCACUGCCUCCUCCUGCAGUGGCAUGGUGAGCCUGGAUGAUGAGGGUCCUUCUUUUAAUACAGGGAAACGGAAAAAGCAGAAAUACAGGCCUAAGGAUUAUGUGGUUAAUUUAGAUGGGCAGACUGUAGAAGACAGAAAAAAACCAGUGAGGUUAAAAGACAGGAGACUGACGUUUGAUCCUGUUACCGGACAGAUCAAACCCUUGUUCCAUAAGGAUUCUUUGCCAGAGGGGGAGGUCAGACUGGAUCACAAACCUGAGACUAACUGGUCAGAACAGCUGAAACAAAAUCCACCAGUUCCUCCAAGUCCUUUCCAGCAGACAGAUUGGAAAGAGCUGUCAAGGAGCGAAAUCAUCCAGUCUUACCUUAGUCAGCAAAGCAAUGUGCUGACAUCGUCGGGCGCGCACACCCCAGGUGCGCACUUUUUCAUGUCAGAGUUUUUAAAAAAAGAGGAGCACCAAAGUAAAGAUGCCAAGAAAACACACACGCUGGCUUCAGACACGCCACCUACAGAAAUGCCUGGAGUUAGCAGAGAGGUGAACGGCAACGACCUGAGCCGGUUACACACGCAACACUGGUCAGGGGUUAAUGGUUGCUAUGACACAAAGGGUAAGUGGUAUGACUGGACCGAGUGCAUCUCCUUGGACCCGCACGGAGAUGAAAGCAGACUGAACAUACUGCCCUAUGUCUGCCUGGAUUGAAACUGAAGUCAGGUCUGUAAAUCGGAAGGUGAAUCUUGCCUUCACUGUGCAGCAGAGCAAUCUUGGAUGCGUGAAGAUGAUUCUUCACUGUGUGUGCUACUGUCGGAGUAAAUAUGCUGCCUGCUCGACUGUUUGGCGCACAGGGAGUGUAAUCGGUGUUUUUAAGUCUGUAAACAAUACGUGAGGACAGCGUGAAGAGAAAAGGCUAUGCAUCUUUUGACUGUUUAGUGUACAGAAUGAGUUUACAAAGCAGAAAGAAGGGCAGCUCUGAUACCUGCUGAGUUUACGUAUGAGAGAGAACAUUAACUAUACAGAUGCAUUUUAUCCAUCUUAAGUUAUUUUAUCCACAUGCCUCACAGAAUGUGACUAUUGCAUUUCCUGCAUUUAUUCAUAUUUAGUUGACUAAGUCAGGUUUUUGUUUUUUUUUUUAAUUUUGUUUUUUGUGUCAGCAGGCAGUAGCACAAUAUAUAAUUAAAGCAUUUGUUCAUGCAUUUUGUACAAGAUAUUUGAGCUGUUAAAAAUGAAGUGAAUACAAAGCUAUCCUCAUUACCAGUGUUAAGAUAAAUCAUCAUGUCUUUUAAAACUUCCACGCCUCUCAUGGUGAGUUUUAGCAGACAAAACCGACAGAUCGGUUUUAAAACAUUUGAAUAUGUUCCUUGUUUGCUCUCUAAAGUGACAUGAAACUUCCAGAUGUGGCCACAGUUUGUGGUAAGACGGGGAAGAAGGCUUGCAUUGGGCUUUUAAUCUUACAAGCAGAUAGAGAAAUGUGUCUUUUAUGUAUGAUAUUUAUUUACAUACUGAGAUUUGCAUACAUUUUUAGACUGCAUUAAAUCAUCUUUGUUUUUUUGUUAUUUGCCAGCCACAACAGUGUGGCUGCUACGGUUUUGUGGGUGCGUGUGUCUUACCAUGGGGAAAUAUGAUCGUGAAGACACCCACCAUCACAGGAACUAACACAAACGUGGCUUUGACUGUUUUAAUGGAUGUUUAUCGAUCUGUGGCCAGAUGUUGUCAAAGCAGUGGCGUCACAGAAGUGCAAGACUUUAAAAAAAAAAAAAAAAUUGUAGAUUACGUCAAACUGAGCCACGUUCCUUAAUAGUUUGUGAUUUGACAACACAUUGCCAUUGCAGCUGUUGCAAUGUCAGCACAGCAUGGUUUCUAGUGAAGAAUUGGUUCAUUAACAUUACAGACUUUACCUGCUGAUCCAUCAACAUGCUGUAUCAUACACAGCCAAAAACCCUGCAAAAUAACACACCCUGAUACUGUGUACGCUUUUUUUUUUUUUUUUUUUUUUUUUUGCCUUUUCCCUUUACUGUGUAUUACGGUUGUAAAAUAUGAAUCGGAACAGCAGAGGAGAUUGUGCUACCAGCUUGCAUCUUUGUACUGUCAGGAAGAACUGAAAAAUAAAUUGACAUGCUGGAUAAUACUUAAUAGCAUUCCUUUUAAUAUUAUUUGCCUUAUGGAAACCUGUGUUUUCCCUAAAGACAGAGCCUUAGUGAAUGUACAGGUAUGAUCCUUUUGUGUUCAGUUGAAUGCAAAAUACAGUAUAUUUGCUACCUAGUCCUUUUAAAUGGACAUGUU